AUGGUGAAAACUGUGGUUCCUGCUGAUGCAAUUGUUGUCGAAGUUCUUAACAAAGAUAACUAUGAGCAUUGGAGUGCAUUGGUUAAAAAUUAUUUGGUGGCUCAAGACCUUUGGGAAGUAGUAGAGGCUACAGCUGAACCUCCUAAACCAGAACAAGAAGCAGAAGCUGAUGAUCAGUUCAAGGCCUGGAGGAAGAAGAAUGCAACAGCUUUACAUACGAUCCAAGUUUCGUGCGGGCCUGAUGCUUUUUCAAUGAUUAAGGAAAUUAGUUCAGCCAAAAUUGCUUGGGAUACUUUGGCCGAAAAGCUCAUGCCGCAACCAUCACUCCUAAUUAAUUCAUUUGUUCAGUCUGCAAACUCAUCAUCCAACCCAGAUGCUGCAAUUGCUGCCAAGCAUGAUCCGUAUCAACCUUUCUUCGCUGCUGUUAAGCUCGGUGAUUGGCGUAAAGCGAAGGAAUUUCUUACCCGAGAUCCCAAUGCAAUAAGAGCAAGAUAUUCAACAGGAGGGACAGCUCUUCACAUUGCAACCAAGUUCGGACAUGAGCAUAUUGUGGAAGAGUUGGUUCAGUUGAUGACACCGGAAGACUUGGAAAUGCAAGAUGGUACUUGGACAGCUCUUCAUAUUGCUGCAAGAUUAAAUCUCAAAAUGGUUGAAUGCAUGGUUACAAAGAACAAGAAACUACUUGGCAUUGUUGAAGAGUCCCACGGUCUGACACCAAUUCUCUUCGCUGCUAAGUUAGACUUAUGGGAUAUCGUUCGUUAUCUCUACACCCUCACUCCGAUCCAAGACUUAAUGCCAGAGAAUGGCCCUUAUGGCGCUGGACUUGUUUCCUUUUGUUUCUUUGCCAAACAAUUUGUUCCGAUUUUCUCUAAUAUAGAUAUUGCGUGGGAAUUACUUCAGCGUUGCCCACAAUUGACGGAAUUGCCCCCGUCUCUCACACACUCUCUCUCUCCCGCGCGUCCCGCUCUCUCUCCUCUGGUUCGCGACUGCCACCACAGCCGGCCACGUUUUGGCCGGCCGUUCAUUCGUCCGGCCACCACUCGGGUCGGGACCGGUCCCAAAAUGACCGGCCUGACUUCGCCGUCCUACCCCACCCGUUCUCCGAUGUCAGCCGGCAGCGGUAUCGCCGGAAAUUGCAGAAAAAUGACCGGUUUUUACCCAGAUUUUCCGGAGCUCGUUCCGGCGAUUCCGGCCACCAAAUCUUGCGAUCAAGGUAUACACAUACAACAUCCUCCUGCCAUCCAUGAUGUUCACGUCAAUGUUGAAAAUCUAGAAGAGAAACUUGGCAACCAAAAUAUCAGUUUCUCAGUAUUCGGUUUAACGCAAGGGCCUUCUUCAAGCCUCCGCAAGCUUUUAGGAAUCAACCGCAUAUGUGAAAUGAAAUUGAUCCAUGCUCGAUCCUUGGAUAUUUUGGAUUACAUGUGUGAAGUGAUAAAAGAUCUAGACACUCAAGACAUGAUAGAAGGCCUUGUCUAUAGAGCACUAUUCCUUGCUGUACAAACUGGGAUUAUUGAGUUCGUUAUUCGUUUAGGUAAAGUAGAUCCGGAUAUAUUGUGGCAACCCAAUUCAAUGGGAAGGAACAUAUUUCAAUAUGCAGUUGAGCGUCGCCAGGAAAAAGUAUAUAGCCUCAUAUAUGGGGUUGGUCAAAGAAAUCUUAUUGCAACAUUUGCAGAUGCUUCUGGAAAUGAUAUGCUACAUCUUGCAGGGAUGCUAUCUCCAACAGAAAAACUUGAUCGUAUUUCAGGUGCAGCUUUGCAAAUGCAGAGAGAAAGACAAUGGUUCAAGGAGGUGAAAAGUCUUGUAGUUUUACCCUCAGGAGUGGGAGCUUUCAAUAAACAGGGUAUGAGACCCCAUGAAGUAUUUACCCAGAACCAUAAUAAAUUGAAGGAAGAAGGAGAAAAGUGGAUGAAAGAUACAGCAACCUCUUGUACAGUUGUAGGUGCUCUCACUAUUACCAUCAUGUUUGCUGCAGCCUUCACGGUGCCUGGUGGAAACAAUGGAGGAACAGGCUUUCCCUUGUUCUUAGAUGAAAAGAUGUUUAUGGUUUUUAUAGUUUCAGAUGCUAUAUCACUCUUUUCUUCCACAACUUCAGUGUUAAUGUUUUUGGGAAUCCUUACAUCACGAUAUGCAGAAGACGAUUUCCUAAAAUCCUUACCCACAAAGAUGAUAAUCGGCCUUUCAACACUCUUGAUCUCCAUCGCUUCCAUGAUGGUUGCCUUUUGUUCUGCUCUUUUCCUUAUGCUUCAUGAAAGACUAUGGAUUGUCAUUCCAAUCAUUUUCCUCGCCAGCGUUCCAGUCACCUUAUUUAUUUGGAUGCAAUUUCCCCUUCUUGUUGAAAUUUUCAUUUCUACAUAUGGAGGAGGGAUAUUUGACAAGAAAGUGAGACGGUGGAUAUAA